AUGGAAAGUUUGUUGUGUAAUGAAGUUUUGCAAAUGAGUCCUAAUAAUAGCAAACCUUAUGCUCAAGAAAACGACGAACACGACGCAAAAAAUCGAGUCUUUCGGACAAAAGAAGAUUGUGAGGAGGCUUUUGGUAUGUUCCUAGUGAAGGAGAUUAUGUAUUUGCCCGAACGAGGCUACUCGGAGCUUGUCGGGAGCAGCGACACGAUCCGUAAUGCUCGGUUUAAAUCGGUCAAUUGGCUCAUUAAGGCUCAUAAAAGGAUGAAUUUGUGGGAUGCAACCGUUUUUCUCGCCGUGAAUUACCUCGACCGGUUCAUCUCAAUCGCUCGAUGCAGAGAUUGGAAAAGCUGGAUGUUUGAUUUGUUGUCUGUGGCAUGUAUAUCAAUUGCUUCAAAGUUUAAUGAAACAAUUUGUCACUCACUACAUAAUUUUCAGGUGGAUUUUGUGGAUGCUUGCUUUGCUCCAACUCUAAUCCAAAGAACGGAAUUAACAGUGUUGAAGACCUUAGCAUGGAGAAUAAAUUCUAUUACUCCAUUUUCUUAUGUCCAUAUAUUGGCACAAAGUGUCGAUGACUUGACUAAACGAGCAACCGAGUUACUACUCUGUGUCAUCUUAGAUCCUGAAUUCUUGGAGUUCAAGCAAUGUGUUGUGGCCAUGUCAGCAGUGAGGUGUGCACUUGAUCAAUGUGUAAUAAAAACAUCCGCAAAAAAUGCCACAUUUGGACAUUUGGAAACUUUCAUUCCUCAAGAUCAGAAGGAUGGUUUGAUCGAGUGCCGAAGGAUAAUGGCGAAACUAAUAGCACGAGACCGUGAAAUUCUCAUUCGAGGGAAAAAAUCACCGGCGACGGUCUUGAAAGUGGAUUUGUACGAUUUUUGAAAUUUUUCGGCCAAUGAUGAUUCUUUCCUUAAGACUCCCGAAAUAAAUGCCGGUUUGCGAUCAGGUAGGAAGAGGAAGAGGGAAGAACAAGGGUUUUAUGGGAUGUGAGCUGAAAAUUGUUCUUUAUUUGCUGAUUUUAAUGCAAUUGUUUGUGUUGUUUGAGUUGGUUGGGGUUUGGUAAGUGAAGCCAUCAAAUGUAUAUGUGAUUUCCAUUUCAUGUCUCUUAAGUUGUUGAAAUUAAGUAACAAAGAAAUUUGUCUUCAUGUAUUAUAAGCGAAGUUGUUAAAACUAAAUAAUAACACUUUUACAAUAGCAGCUAGCUAGCUUUUUUAUCAUCAGUCACUUUUACAUCCUCAUUGAGCCGGACAAGAAGCCCGUUUCACGCAGAGGACAAGGCCCGUGAUUAUAAAUGCUCCAAAGGGAGUCCACUAACUGCCUUUCCUCACCUGACAACUGGCUGAUCCCUUUAACUCUCUCUUGUAGGAUUUGUUUCAGUUUCUCCUCGUCUUCUCCAGUUAGACGGUUUUGUGCCAGCUGGCAUAGGCCCUUCAGUGCAGCUUCACGUAAAUCGGCAUCCUCGCUUGACGCGAGUUGCAAGAAAAUAUGAGGAAAUCCGAGUUCGGUAAUGGCCCCACAAUGUGAGGGAUUCGUGUUGAGUAGAUUGAAUGAAGUUGAGUGCUUUCCU